AUGCGGACCCCAGGGCCCACCCGUGACCGGCUCAGGCAGAGUGCUGGCGGCAUCUGCACUUCCAAGGUCCUGGCCCUUCGACGCCUCUUUCCCGCCGCUCUGAAGCUCACUAGCUCAGUCCUCCGUGCACCCCGCUCUAGCCGCCCCGCUCUCCAGCCGCCCCGCUCACAGGCCAGGAUGGCAGUGUGUCCGGCCCUGCGCGUGGCGCUGCUGCUCCUGUCCGGGGUCCUGGCCCCUGCAGUGCUCACAGCCGAGGGCCCGCAGGAGCCCGCGCCCACCCUGUGGAACGAGCCCGCCGAGCUGCCGUCGGGAGAAGGCCCCGUGGAGAGCACCAGCCCCGCCGGGGAGCCCGAGGCCACCGGGCCCCCGGCCCCCACCGCCGCGCCAAGCCCGGAGGACAGCACGGCGGGGGAGCGUCUUCCGUCCUCCGCAGGCUCGCUGGGGCCCGGCGCCAUCGCGGCCAUCGUCAUCGCCGCGCUGCUGGCCACCUGCGUGGUGCUGGCGCUCGUGGUCGUCGCGCUGAGGAAGUUUUCCGCCUCCUGAAACGAAUAAAGGGGCCGCGCCCCCACCGCGGCGCGACUCGGCGCUCGGUGGCGCCCCGGUGUCUCCAGUGUGUCCGUGCGUCCUCGUGGGGGCGAGCCGGGCGAGCGACAACUCGCGACACGUGCGCGGCGCCGCCAGCUGGAACCGGACAACCCUUGUGACUUCACUGGCUCCCCUGAGCUCCUGCCCCUGGCCUGCUCCAGCUGAGACCAGUUCCCACGUCCUCCUGGAUUCUCCAGAUGAGCCCGCGCACAAAACACAGGAAGGGUCCCAAGCUUCUGCGUAUAAAGGAUUGUUCUAAAACUGACCGUCCUCGUGCGGCUGUUUAAAUUCCCUCCACGUAACCCCUGGCGACCGAAGUCCUCCUUAGUGCAGGUGAUCUGAAUCCGCGUGCUGUUUAUCAGCUUCAGAACGAUACACUGGACAAGGGCCAGGGCCAGUCCCCCCCCCCCCCCCCGCCCUCUGUCCCA